AUGGCCCAAGCUGGAGCAAUUUCUGAUGUGACGCAACGACUAUUCGUGGAGCUCAAGUCGAAGAAUGAGGAGGCCAGGGCCAGAGCUGCCUACGAGCUCUAUGACAACGUCCUUUCGGUCUCCAGAGAUUGGCCCAACGAGAAGUUCGUCGAGUUUUACAAUGCCGUUAGCCAACGCAUCGCCCAACUGGUCGUCAACGGAAGCGAUGCCAACGAGAGAAUCGGUGGACUAUUAGCACUCGACCGACUGAUUGACUUUGACGGUGUCGACGCUGCCCAGAAAACAACGAGAUUCGCCAGCUACCUUCGAUCCGCCUUACGCAGUAAUGAGAAUGUGGUUCUGGUGUAUGCGGCCCGAUCGCUGGGCCGCCUCGCGAAGCCCGGCGGCGCUCUUACCGCAGAGCUGGUGGAAAGCGAGAUUCAGUCUGCUCUGGAGUGGCUACAAUCGGAACGUCAGGAAAGUCGGCGAUUUGCGGCAGUGCUCGUGAUCCGUGAACUUGCCAAGGGUUCCCCGACACUACUCUACGGUUUCGUCCCACAGGUUUUCGAGCUCGUCUGGGUCGCUAUCAGAGAUCCGAAGGUUCUUAUCCGAGAGACUGCUGCCGAGGCCGUGGGUGAGUGCUUCGAGAUCAUUGUGGCGCGUGACUCCCAAGUUCGACAGUCAUGGUUCGCUCGCAUACACGACGAAGCCCUGCUGGGCUUGAAGUCCCACAAUAUCGAUUGGAUCCACGGAUCCCUUUUAAUUCUCAAGGAACUCAUCCUGAAGGGCACAAUGUUCAUGAAGGAACAUUAUCGCAAUGCAUGCGAAAUCAUCCUUCGCCUCAAGGACCACCGCGACCCCAAGAUUCGCACUGAAGUCGUACAUACCAUCCCGAUCCUCGCCUCCUACUCUCCCACCGACUUCAUCGAAAUCUAUCUUCACCGUUUCAUGAUCUACCUCCAAGCUCAACUGAAGCGAGACAAGGAGAGAAACUCCGCAUUUAUUGCCAUUGGCAAGAUCGCCAAUGCAGUUGGUCCUGCAAUUGGCCAAUAUCUCGACGGCAUCAUCAUCUACAUUAGAGAGGGUCUCGCGAUGAAAGCAAGGAAUCGAGCAGGUGUCAAUGAAGCACCUAUGUUCGAGUGCAUCAGCAUGCUCUCAUUAGCUGUCGGACAGGCACUCGCAAAGUACAUGGAAGCUUUACUCGAUCAAAUCUUUACAUGUGGACUCAGCAAGUCAUUGACCCAAGCCCUAGUCGACAUGGCCCAUUACAUCCCGCCCAUCAAACCCAUGAUCCAAGAGAAGCUUCUUGACAUGCUGAGUAUCAUUCUUUGUGGCACACCAUUCCGUCCACUCGGCUGCCCGGAAAACCGCCUCCCCCCGAUGCCAUCCUUUGCAAAGGAUUUCGCACUUCACGAGCUUCACUCAGAUUCCGAUAUUGCGCUGGCACUCCACACUCUGGGUAGCUUUGACUUCUCAGGACACAUUCUCAACGAGUUUGUGAGGGACGUUGCCAUCAAUUAUGUCGAGAAUGACAAUCCGGAAAUUCGGAAAGCCUCAGCUCUCACGUGUUGCCAACUGUUUGUCCAUGAUCCGAUCAUCAACCAGACUAGCGGUCACUCUAUCCAGGUUGUCAGCGAGGUCAUUGAUAAACUUCUGACAGUAGGUGUUGGAGACCCCGACCCGGAAAUUCGACGUACGGUCUUGUGGUCGCUGGACCGGAAAUUCGAUCGCCACCUGGCACGGCCAGAGAAUAUUCGAUGUCUGUUCCUGGCCGUCAACGACGAGAUCUUCGAUGUUAAAGAAGCCGCAAUCUGCAUCAUUGGUCGACUGUCUAGUGUGAACCCUGCUUAUGUCUUCCCUCCACUCCGGAAACUCCUGGUGAAUCUCCUCACUGGACUCGGGUUUGCGAAUACGGCACGCCAAAAGGAAGAAACAGCCCAACUCAUCAGUUUGUUUGUUUCCAACGCUACGAAAUUGAUCAGGUCAUAUGUAGACCCCAUGGUCACUGCGCUGUUGCCGAAAUCAACAGACAUUAACCCCGGUGUCGCCGCCACUACUUUGAAGGCAGUCGGUGAACUUGCGAAUGUUGGUGGACACGAAAUGCGACGAUAUCUACCGCAGAUAAUGCCCAUCAUUCUAGACUCGCUACAAGACCUCUCAUCACACACCAAGCGGGAAGCCGCACUCCGUACAUUGGGGCAAUUGGCUAGCAAUUCGGGCUAUGUCAUUGAGCCUUAUCUCGAAUACCCCCAUCUCCUCGCCGUGCUCAUAAACAUCAUCAAGACGGAAAUGACAGGCUCCCUACGAAAAGAGACCAUCAAGCUUCUCGGUGUCCUCGGUGCUCUCGACCCUUACAAGUACCAACAGAUCAGCGAGAUCGAACCAGAUGUGCAUCACAUCAACGAAAUCCAGAAAGUUUCUGAUGUUGCGCUAAUAAUGCAAGGCCUGACCCCAUCUAAUGAGGAGUACUACCCCACAGUGGUCAUUCAUACUUUGAUGCAGAACAUCCUGCGCGAAAACUCGCUGGCACAAUAUCACUCUGCUGUCAUUGAUGCAAUUGUUACAAUCUUCAAAACUAUGGGACUCAAAUGUGUUCCGUUCCUUGGACAGAUCAUUCCGGGCUUCAUCUUGGUUAUCAGAAGCUCCCCGACAAGUCGCCUCGAAUCUUAUUUCAACCAAAUGGCUAUCUUGGUGAACAUUGUGCGCCAGCACAUUCGUGCAUUCUUACCAGAAAUCAUUGAAGUGAUCAGAGACUUCUGGGAUACAUCAUAUCAGAUCCAGGGGACUAUCUUGUCGCUAGUCGAGGCCAUUGCUCGCUCGUUGGAGGGAGAAUUCAGGAAGUAUCUCGCUGGCCUGAUUCCCCUGAUGCUCGGUACCCUCGAUCAAGACACCAACCCCCGUCGCCAACCUUCCGAGAAGAUUCUCCAUGCUCUUUUGAUAUUCGGUACAAGCGGAGAGGAGUACAUGCACCUCAUUAUCCCUUCGAUUGUGCGUCUAUUUGAUCGCCCUCAAAACCCCCACAGCAUCCGGAAGUCUGCCAUUGAGAGCUUGACAAAGUUGUCGCGCCAAGUCAACGUCUCUGACUUUGCGUCUCUCAUGGUCCAUUCUCUUUCUCGUGUUGUAGCCAGCGGUGAUCGCAUCCUGCGCCAAUCCGCAUUGGACUGCAUUUGUGCUCUUAUCUUCCAACUAGGCCAGGAUUUCACCCACUACAUCAAUCUUCUGAACAAGGUCAUGAAGACCCAUCAACUCACUCACGUGAACUACCAAAUUCUGGUCACAAAGCUUCAAAAGGGAGACCCCCUCCCUCAAGACCUCAACCCGGAAGAAGCUUAUGCUUUGCCCACAGACGACACUAAUUUCGCGGAGAUUGGACAGAAAAAGAUUGUUGUCAACCAACAACAUCUGAAGAAUGCCUGGGAUGCCUCGCAAAAGUCUACCCGGGAAGAUUGGCAGGAAUGGAUUCGCCGCUUCAGUAUCGAACUGCUGAAGGAGUCUCCCUCUCCAGCUCUGCGUGCCUGUGCCAGUCUGGCUGGAAUCUACCAACCUCUAGCAAGGGACCUGUUCAAUGCUGCAUUCGUGUCAUGUUGGACGGAGUUGUAUGACCAGUACCAAGAGGAACUUGUUCGCUCGAUUGAGAAAGCCCUCACUUCUCCUAAUAUCUCGCCGGAGAUCUUACAGAUUCUCCUUAAUCUGGCUGAAUUCAUGGAGCAUGAUGAUAAGGCACUUCCUAUCGAUAUUCGCACACUUGGAAAGUACGCCGCGAAAUGCCACGCUUUCGCCAAAGCUCUGCACUACAAGGAACUUGAAUUUGAGCAAGAUCAGAACUCUGGUGCUGUCGAGGCCUUGAUUACCAUUAACAACCAAUUGCAACAAUCCGACGCUGCUAUCGGUAUUCUGCGCAAAGCGCAAGCAUAUCGCGAUGUGGAGCUGAAGGAAACAUGGUUUGAGAAGCUCCAACGAUGGGACGAGGCCCUUGCUGCGUACAAAAGACGUGAGAGAACGGAUCCCGAUUCCUUUGGUAUCACAAUGGGUAAGAUGCGUUGUCUUCACGCUCUUGGAGAGUGGAAGGUCCUCUCGGAUCUUGCACAAGAGAAGUGGAACCAGGCUUCAUUGGAGCAUCGCCGAGCAAUCGCGCCUCUUGCAGCUGCAGCUGCCUGGGGUCGAGGCCAGUGGGAGCUGAUGGACUCUUACCUCGGUGUCAUGAAGGAGCAGUCCCCCGACCGCUCGUUCUUUGGUGCCAUUUUGGCAAUCCACCGUAAUCAAUUCGAAGAAGCCAACAUGUACAUCGAAAAGGCGCGCAACGGUCUCGACACAGAGCUUUCUGCACUCCUCGGUGAAUCAUACAACCGUGCCUACAAUGUGGUUGUGCGUGUCCAGAUGCUUGCUGAGCUUGAAGAGAUCAUCACAUACAAGCAAAACAUUGGUGACCCCGAGAAGCAAGAUGCCAUGCGCAAAACCUGGAACCAAAGAUUGCUUGGAUGUCAACAAAACGUGGAAGUGUGGCAGCGCAUGCUCAAGGUCAGAGCUCUGGUCACUGCCCCGCGUGAGAAUCUCGAUAUGUCGAUCAAGUUCGCCAAUCUGUGUCGCAAAUCCAAUCGUAUGGGACUGGCAGAACGAUCUCUUGCAUCACUAGAGACGGUGGUGGCUGAUGCUAGUGGUUUGCGAACUGUCGCACCCCCCGAGGUCACAUAUGCUAGGUUGAAAUUCAACUGGGCAAAUGGUCAUCAACACGAAUCGCUCGAAAUGCUGAAGGAGUUCACUUCCGGCUUGACCGAUGACUUCUCAAGAUACAACACACUCGUCGUGUCAAACUCCGAUCACCACGGAGUCAACGGAGUCAACGGUGUUGCCGGUGUCGCCGACCAGAACCACCCAGACGCUGUCAGCCUACGUGAACGGAUUGGAGAUGCUAGCAAAUUCCGGAAAUUACUCUCGAAGAGUUAUCUCCGCCAAGGAGAGUGGCAGACAACACUACAGAAGGGUGAUUGGAGGCCAGAACAUGUUCGUGAGGUUCUCAAUGCAUACUCUGCGGCAACACAGUACAAUCGCGAUUCAUACAAGGCCUGGCACUCUUGGGCACUUGCAAACUUUGAAGUCGUUACUACUAUCGCCAACCAGGCCAGCAACCGGGAGGGUGCUCCUUCGCCGGUGCCGGCUCACAUCGUUACAGAGCAUGUGAUUCCUGCUAUGCGGGGCUUCAUUCGUUCGAUUGCCCUAUCUUUGACAUCCUCCCUGCAAGAUACCCUGAGAUUGUUAACACUGUGGUUCACGCAUGGUGGAGACCACGAAGUUAACAAUGUCGUCACGGAAGGAUUCGCCGCCGUCAACAUUGAUACUUGGCUUUCUGUCACCCCUCAGCUGAUCGCUCGAAUCAACCAGCCCAACAUCCGGGUCCGGGGAGCCGUCCAUAGAUUGUUGGCUGAGGUCGGCAAGGCCCAUCCCCAAGCCUUGGUGUACCCACUCACAGUGGCCAUGAAAUCCAAUGUGACAAGACGAUCCCAGUCUGCCAGUAACAUCAUGGAAAGCAUGCGACAACACAGUGCCAAGCUUGUCGAACAGGCGGAUCUCGUCAGUCAUGAGCUGAUUCGAGUAGCUGUUCUAUGGCAUGAACUUUGGCAUGAAGGCUUGGAAGAAGCCUCUCGUCUCUAUUUCGGUGACCACAAUGUCGAGGGCAUGUUCUCAACUCUUGCUCCUUUCCAUGACAUGCUAGACAAGGGAGCUGAAACACUUCGAGAAGUCUCAUUCGCGCAAGCCUUCGGUCGUGAUUUGGCUGAGGCCAAGCAUUAUUGCAUGAUGUAUCGGGGGUCUGAGGAGAUUGGCGAUCUGAACCAAGCUUGGGACUUGUAUUACACCGUGUUCAGGAAGAUCAGCCGUCAAUUACCACAACUAUCUACCCUCGACCUCAAAUAUGUGUCUCCUCGACUGAAAGACUGUUUGGAUCUUGAUCUUGCCGUGCCAGGAACAUACCAGAGUGGAAAGCCCAUCAUCCGCAUCAUGAGCUUCGAUCCAAUCUUGCACGUGUUGCAGACCAAGAAACGGCCUCGUCGCAUGACGCUCAAGGGCAGCAACGGAAGCUCUUACAUGUACCUUGUCAAGGGCCACGAAGAUAUCCGACAAGAUGAGAGAGUCAUGCAGUUGUUCGGUCUGUGCAAUACCUUGCUGGAUAACGAUAGCGAAAGCUUCAAGCGACACCUGUCAGUUCAGCGCUUCCCUGCCAUCCCCUUGUCCCAGAGCUCCGGUCUUCUGGGAUGGGUGUCCAACAGUGAUACUCUGCACGCCUUGAUCAAGGAAUACCGUGAGAGCCGUCGCAUUCUUCUCAACAUUGAGCACCGGAUCAUGCUGCAAAUGGCGCCUGAUUACGACAGUCUUGCCCUCAUGCAGAAGGUCGAGGUCUUUGGUUACGCUAUGGACAACACUACCGGUAAAGAUCUGUACCGGGUUCUUUGGCUGAAGAGUAAGAGCUCCGAGGCCUGGCUAGAACGACGUACCAACUACACUCGUUCCCUCGGUGUCAUGUCCAUGGUGGGCUACAUCCUCGGUCUUGGUGACCGUCAUCCAUCUAACUUGUUGUUGGAUCGUGGCAAUGGCCGUGUGGUCCAUAUCGAUUUCGGUGAUUGUUUCGAAAUCGCAAUGCACAGAGAGAAAUAUCCGGAGCGCGUACCGUUCCGUCUCACUCGCAUGUUGACCUUUGCCAUGGAGGUAAGCAACAUCGAGGGAAGCUACCGCAUCACUUGCGAGGCUGUUAUGCGUGUUCUGCGCGAGAACAAGGAUUCUCUCAUGGCUGUCCUUGAAGCCUUCAUUCACGACCCCUUGAUCAACUGGCGUCUGGGCGCACAAGAGUCCCCCGACCGGGUGUCACUCACCACAGAGCGCCGCCAAUCCAUCAUCGAAGGCGUCAACUUCGAGCACGGUGCCCAACCAAACGACUUUGCCCGUCGCCGCCGUCCCUCCAUCCUUGAAGGUGGUAUUCUUGAUGCACCCGAGGGUGUUCCACAAGAGGCCCGGGAGGCACAGAAUGCCCGCGCUCUCCAGGUUCUUGCACGCGUAAAGGAGAAGCUUACUGGACGAGACUUCAGACACAACGACGAGCUGAGUGUCAGCGAUCAAGUUGACAAGCUUCUCGCACAGGCGACCAACGUUGAGAACAUCUGUCAGCACUGGAUUGGAUGGUGUAGUUUCUGGUCAUGGCAUCCCGGCCUGUUCAAAAACCAGGAGCGGGUAUGGAAGAACGAGCAGCGCGCCCUGGAGGAGCGCAAGCAGAUUGAACAGCUGCGACGCGAACGAGAGGAAGAACGCCAAAUGGAAGAGAUCCAACGUCUCCAAGAAGCCUCCGGAAAAACCAGAUCGCAAGCUCGCGUCGAUUGGAUGUACCAGGCUCCCACAGGCGAGCACGGCCACUACUCGGAAGAGAUGGAAGGAUAUCUACUCGGAAAGCGACGUAUCGACGGCGUCUUGCUCAAGAACGACCCCGACACUAAGAAGCUCGAGAAAGGCUCGGAGGUGGUAGGCAGCGGAGCUCCCGCGGGCCCAUCUAUCGGAUCCCAACGCGACACCAUGUCGAAGGUUAUGGCCGAUCCCCUGCUGGAGGUGAAGAAGAGAGAACAGGCUGCGUAUGAUGCGAUGGUGCAAGAGGCUGUCAAGCGCAAGGAACGGGAGCAAAAACGCGAGGAGCGCAGUGGGAAGGAUCGCGAACGCCGCCAUCGCACUCACGACUCUAAGCGCCGACAUCACGACGAUGCGGGUGAUGACCGCCGUGACCGACACCGAAGGUCAUCACCUCGUCGCCAUCGAUCUCGUUCACCUGGUUCGCCUGAACGAUCCUCUAGACACAGAAGUGGCCGGGACCGCGAUCGGAGAAGUGACGAUACUAGAUCCCGUCGUGAUGAUAGAGAUCGUGAUCGUGAUCGCCGCGACCAUGAUAAGAGAGAUACCCAUUCAAGCCGACAUGACGACCGCGACAGCAGACGGGACCGGGACCGUGAUAGUUACCGUGAACGCGAACGUGCCCGCUCACCUCGCCGAUCUUCCCGCUCUCCGCGCCCAUCCAGCGAUCGCAAGGAACGUCCCGUGGAUGAAGAUCGUCGCCGUGAUUAUCCCCGACGCGAGUUCAACAACCGCCGUGACUCUGGCAGGGGUCCAGGCUCAGCUCCACGACCUCAGGCUCCCAAGCCGGAUCCUAAGGUAUUGGAGGAGGAACGCCAGCGCAAGCUUGCAGAAAUGCAAUCCAAUGCCACCGACAUGGAGUCAGAUCGGCGCCAGCGAAUCACGGAAACAUCUGCGAAGGAACAGCAACAGCAGGAGGCGGAUGAUCGCCAGCGUUCUGACCGUGGCAGAUUCAUGUCUGAUGUUAAUAAGCGCGUCCAAGAGGACAGUCUUGAUGAACGCAUUCGCCGCAGCCGCGGAGGGCUUUCGAGAAUGGACGAGGAUUGA